AUCAAAUCCCUAUUAGAUCUUCGAUCUUACUUCCAUGGCAGGUGUUACUCUCUUCUUCUCCCUUCUCUCUAUAGCUCUGAUUAUCUCUGGUGUGAGCUCUCGUGUCCUGAUCAGUCAUGUCCCUCUGAAUAACUCGAUCUUGAUAUCUGAUGGGAUCCAUGACGCCUUGAAUCACGAGUUUCUCACCCUCGAUCCUCCAAAGAGCUUGUCAAGGACCGCGUGUGUUCAUGUCUACGGGUUUCUUCCAUGUGCAGACAAUGUUGAAGGUUAUAUCUUCCAAGUUUUUUCCUUUGGGAGUCUCUUGAUUAUCGGUGACUAUUUCUUGUCCGAAGGAAGAUCUAAACUCUUUGUAAUAUUCGAGGUCGGGUUCUAUGGUGGUAUCAUCUUCCCUCUUCUUACAAUGUUCCCAAGAAUCGCUCUUAUGCUCUCGACCGGACUAUCAUUGAGUAGGGAUGUUGCUAGCUCCUUUAUAGAUGAUAACGUUGGACUUACUGUGGGACACACUGUGUUUUCUCUCACAAUUCAAUGGGGAGCUUGUGUUGUGUUUAGCAUCACUGGUCCACGUUCUGACCAAGCAGAUGGAUUGAUCGAAAAACUAAAGAUAUUGAAAGGCUUUGUUGAAGCAAGAGUAGAAGCGGAUCCUAAGAAUAAGAAAGCUGCAGGGAUUAUGCUGUUGAGUCUAUCUCCCUUUCUCAUGGUGACAUUUUCGGCUAUAUUUGAUUCACAUUCUUGGAGUCACAUCAUUGUGUUGAUCACACUCAUAAUUUCUUCUUCUUCAACCGUUGUCUACUUUGUUUACUCGUAUCUUGAUACGGCUAACCAAGAGAAGAGCUUAGAUCACGCGAGGUUUGAGCUCAUGUCAGAAGUUCAUAAGCACUUAAAGAGGUUUUCACCGAAACACCUUAUAAAAGAUGGAGAACUAAGCAAAGAGAGCUUGAAAAGUUUGUUCAAGAAAACUGAUAAGAACAAAGAUGGGAAGAUACAAAUAUCUGAACUAAAAGACUUAACCAUAGAGCUUUCCAACUUUGGGAGAAUGAGAUAUGACAUCAAUGAGCUUGCUAAAGCUUUUCUUGAGGAUUUUGAUGGAGACAACGACGGCGAAUUAGAAGAGAAUGAAUUCGAGGAAGGGAUUGCGAGACUUCUCAAACAAUACAAAUUCAACGUUGAGGAUCAAAGAGAGAAUCAGACUGAGGAAAAUGGAGUUCUUAAGCUGGAAAUUAAACCGAAGAAAACACUUGUUACUAAGUUGCUAUCUAUGGAAACAUUAAUAGCUACGACUGAAGUCAUCGUAGGGAUCCUAAUUGUACUCUUUCUUGCAAAACCAUUUAUGCUGAACAUCCAGCUCUUAUCCAUCUCAGCUGGAAUUCCUUCUUUCUACAUCGUGUUCGCGAUGAUCCCUUUCGCUAGAAACUUAAAGAACACUCUAUCUACACGCUUCUGUCGUGGCAAAGACAAGAAAAGAGUCUCGUCCAAUACUUUCUCCGAGAUCUACAAAGAUAUUACAAUGAACAAUCUCUUGGGAAUGUCGGUAAUAUUGGCAAUUGUGUAUACAAGGGGCUUGACUUGGAAAUACUCGGUAGAAACUCUUAUUAUGGUGAUCGUUGGCCUCAUAAUCGGCUUACCAAUCUAUAUAAGAUCGACUUACCCGUUCUGGAUGUGUGUCUUGGCCUUUGCUAUGUACUUCUUUUCUCUUCUCCUUAUCUAUAUCCGUUUAAAUUUUCUAGACAAGAACUAA